UUCAGUUCUCGUGGUCGCGGCGGCCAUCGUUCCCUCCCGCCGCUAUGGCUCCUCCCCUCGAAGACCUCCCCCGGGUGCUGGCCGAGCUCGCCUCGCGCCUCUCCCGGCCUCCCACCGGCGGCGGCGAUGCCUCCGCCGGGGACGCCCUUUCGGCCGCUAUCAUCUCCCUCGCCGCCACCCUCAACCCCAGCGGCGGCAGGGGCGGCGCCUCAUCCGGAACCAGGGUUCUGGACUCCGCACUCUCCCUUAUGUGCUUCGACCCGCUAGAGGUGAACAGGGCUCGCAUCGACUGCCUGGUCCGCACCCUCGUCUCCGCGCUCUCCGCGUCAGUCUCGUGCGGCGUGGUCCGGCCCGAUGGGGGCGCUGGCGAGGAGAUGCUCUGUGUUGGGAGCUCCGUCUCGCCAGGGGAUUGCCGCGAGCUGCUCCGGACUUGUGCAGCCCUUGUGCAGAAAUUGGGGGAUUGUGAUGCUGGAAGGCAUUCUUAUGAUCUGUUAUAUGCUGUUGUGAAAAUGGCGGUCUUGUCCCCUCACUCCCAGUGUCUUUUCCCAUUACCAUAUUAUAAGGAAGAGGGAGAAAGCGAAUAUGAUGUUGGAACCGUUGCUGCAGAGUUAAUAAACCAUCCUUCCAAUCAUGCCCCGCCUACUGGUAACUCAAUCCCACUGAGGUUGCUUUUAUGGCAUCUUGAUCCAUCAAUUUUUAAGGAUGAUCUGUCAGCGAUGCUCCAGGAGGUCACUAGAAGGCCCUUACUUUGCCUCAGAAAGGAAUUACAUAAUCGAAUGGAGUGGCGUAUCAUCAUAAUUUGCCUGGUUUGCUCCCCAACAAUGUUUAUGGAGAUGGGAUCAUUAUUGCACUUCUGGUUCCUAGCAACGGGUUUGACUUCUGUGCUGGAACUUCACAGUGCAUUGCUAUCUUCAGCAUUAGACAUUCUUCUCAAGCCAAUGUCAUGGGGGAUAUCCAUAGAGUUGGGACAGAAGUUCCCCUUUUCACAUGCUUACUUCCCAAGCCAACAUAGUGACUUGCUUGUGAUACUAACUGGACCCUUAUCAUGUAAAGCCUUUGUGGACCUAGUUUCUUAUAUCAACGCGUUGGUUCAUUUGGACAACACAAGAACCAGGUGCUCUUCACUGCAAAACACACAACUACAACCUGUGAAGGGAUCAGUAAAUUAUAAUUCUGCUUGGUACAUGAUUAUAAAUUUCCCUAUCUGGUUCCAUUUUGCAAUCGCUUUACUUUUCCACCGAGAAGGCUCACAGGAUUAUUUAUCAGAAACAUUAUCCAAAGAGAUAGCUGCUGAUUCUUUAAGUGAUGUCAGUCUUGCUCAGAGGGCAGCCUUUUACCUUUCUUGGGUCCUAUGCCCUUCUAAUGAUGAUCAGUGCCAGAUGCUAGCUACCAAUAUUUUGGAAAUAUCACAUUCUUGGGCUUGGAACAACAAAAGGCGCCCAAAUAGUACUGUAAAUCAUAGGAGAAAAUUGCGAAUACCCACAGCUGUGGACUCUGAGAAACUCCAUGUGCCAACCAACACUGUAAGCACCCUGAUAAAAGAAUUUGAUGAUCACUGUGUCAAAUUUUGUAGCACAAUGGCCUUUCCUCAAGUGCAAGCUGAAAAACUCUCAGACUUCCAUCCCUCUUGCCAUAAUCUAUUGCAUCUGUUGAUUCCAUUGGGAGUAUUGCUUGUAACGUCUAGUUGUGUUCAUGAGCAGAAUUGCUACAUGCUUCUGCACUAUGCAAGCACUGGGCAGGUUCUGAAGUCAACUGAAGUUGAGAUGAAAACAAAAGAUCUUGCCACUAAUGAUGGUUUCUCGAGCACCUCCAGUGGUACUGCUCACAGAUGGGCUUUGAGUGGUGCACAUCUCAUCUUUGGCUGGCUUGAUGUUGUUGAGGAUAUGUCCUCACUGAUUUUUUAUCGUGAAGAUAAAUGCCAGCAUUUUGUUAGUCAACUCAAAACCAAGACAGGGCCAUACCUGCUCAAGUGUGUAAAGUUAUUAGUUGAGAUGCUGGAUGAUGCAGAUCAAGAUAGAGAUUUUGCAAUUGAUGUUCAUAAUAGGUUGUUAAACUGGGAUAAGAAUGGGCAGGGCUGUGAGAUAUUUGGUGAUGUUAUCCUCAAAAUGAAUAAAAAGUUUAAAGUUCCUUUGUAGCAGUGACCAUGGAUUUUAUGCAGCUAUUGAAUAUUUGAAUGGGUCUAAAUUGGUUGUCAAUCUCCAUUCUGAUGGUAAUGGUAAUAUGGUUGAAGGAAGCACAAUACUCUGAACUGAUGAGUUGCACCAGAUCCAUUGCAGCUAAUGAUCAUUUCCUUCCAGAAUGAUUCCCUGUAACUGUUCACAUCUCUACAGACGCUGCCGUGGUCCGAGUCAUUGAUUGCGUCUCGCCCGUCGGCCUCAACUGACAAGCAAUUUGAUAAUUGCACCACUUGCUCAGUGUCAUGAAUGCUAGCUAUUCUUCGUACUCUGUUCCAUAAUUCACAUGACUUGCUGCUACUUCAGAGUUUAGACGCUCUUUUACUGAAAAGUUGACCAGUCCCUGUUUUGAACAAACAUCAAGUAGGCUUAUUUCAGAGUACCAGGUUUUCAUUUCUUCUGGCUGCACUCGGUGAUACAUCUUUGUGUUAAGAAAUCCUUAAACUGCUUUCCAAGAACAAUGGAACCUGCUUGUCAUGUGAACCGGAGUAUGGACGGCAUAAUGUCUUCAGGUGCAGCAUUCAUUGCUCUGGUACGGGUUCUGGGACAUGGGAGAAUUGUCAAUUCUGCAACAGGGAUGGUCUGCAGCACGAGUACCUUGCUCCACCGGCGCUUCGGCAAGCUUCCGGAGGGGCGUGUAGAUAUCGAAGAUGGCUAUCUUGAGGUCGGCGUGCCGCCCCUUGAGCACCUUGACGGUGGCGUUCAGCUUCCUGUUGAAGGUGUCGGCGUCGCGGUUGAGCCUAGCCACGCACGCGCUGCGGCCCUUGCCGUACAGCCUGAUGGACGCCGGGAAGCACCCCAGUGGCGGCAUGGACGUGACGCCGAUCCGCCGCGCCCCCAGCUUAUACAACUUCUCGGCCAAGUCGGAGAAGAUGCCGAUGAGGAGGUCGCAGUACCGGGGGACGUUGUAGCGGCGGGACAGGGAGGCGUUGUGGUAGUAGUUCUGGAGGAAGUCGCCGGUGCCGGUGCUGACGACGUACAGCGCGCCGGAGAGGAUGGAGCGCGCCGUGCCGCGCCCGGCCACCGCGGUCAGCUUGGACUGGUACUCCUUGUAGUACUCGAGCUGCUGGGUCAGCGUGAUCGCGUCCUGCACGUGUGCACGAGCAGUAGCAGAAGUACUUGUUGUCAGUUGUCACAUAGUUUCAUCAUGCAAAAUCUUGUGCUGCUAAAGAUGGCUGUUGUACUGACCCAAAGCCUUUUACUGUAUAUGUAGCAACAUGCUGACAUGGAGAGCUGAGCUUGUGGUA